AUGGCUUCAGCUUCGAGCUCAAAUACGCCGGAGAACUCGCAAGCUAGGCUUGCCCGAUCUCUGAUCGAGUCCGGAAUGGUAGCUUUUAACACAGAGUCAACCGAGCCAGCGGAAGUCAUACGGGAUGCCCGUGAUAAGUUCGAGGCCACUUUGCAAAGUGCCGGCUCCUGGAGUCUUGUCCAAGUGCUCAAUGGACUGGUAAAACCCGGUGUCGUCGCCGAGUGGCUGAGGACGGAGUUUCUAUCCGCCCUUAUUCGGGUUCCGAUGAGGCCCCAGGGCGUGCGCGCUACGAUGGAAUUCAUCUUUUCCGUGCAUCCAAGCAGCACUGCCGUGACUAGCGAAGAAGAGGCUACUCCGCAAAAGAAGGGUGCCAACAUCACACCGGAAGCUCUGGCGAUGGCUGCGAAGCUCCUUUCUUCUACCCCUCCCGGAAUUACCGACCAGGUUUGGAUUGACGCGAUCGCGCCUCAGCUCUUUCACCUCCUCGAUGGUAAUGACGGGCCUGAAUUGGCGAGGGUUGCGGCACAUGUGGUUGCAUUUGGGAUCCUGGGAAGGAAACGACUGGGAGCCCCCGGCGCACCGGGCUGGAACUCGUUUGUAAAACCAGUACUGGAGAACAUCAAACCCUCUCUAAAUCCAGAGUGGAGGGCGCAGUCAGAAAACCAGAAGGAUGAUGUAAUCGACCUCAGCACAGACAAGGUCAUUGUUUCGGCUGACGAUUUACAUCUUGCCCUUAACCGGUUGUCUCUACUCCUUCAGGCCAGUCCAUCGCCGGGUCUCUGUAGGCGCCUCGUGGACCCCAUCCUUCUUCCCCUUUGGUCCAUCUCAUCAUGGACCGACUCCUCGCCAAGAACUAAGGAGAGAUAUUCCAACGUAGCGAUGCCUCUGUUGAAAAUGUACCUCAAGGUGGCCUCCUCUUCUUCCGAUAAGACAGAUAUCCUGCUGGAGAAGCUAAUGUCCGUCGGUGACGUUAAGAACGGCUAUGUCGCCUGGAAAUACCGGAAAAUCCCAAGUGGUGAUCUAGAAAUAGUGGUUCCCCGGACCCUUGAGCAGCCUCUUCAGCUACAGGACCUCGAUCCAGAAGCAAUAGAGCAGAAAGCUUCGACCCUGGCUACUACUCUUGUGGAGAGCUGCACAGAGACCGAAAUAUCCACAGUAUUCAUGCACUUACUAAAGGGGUGGCUAUCCUCGAGGACACCCGCGCUGUCGACUACGGUGAAGGUGAAGAUGGAAGAGGAGGAGCCGGCGUCCCCUCUCCAGGGUCUGCUCAAACUGGCGGUUUUACGCCACCUCUUGGAAAAAGCUGAGGAGAAAGUAAUUAGAAAACCCGACCAACUGCUGGAGCUUGUCUGCAAUGUCCUGGAGGCAAAUAGUCGGGAAGCCCAAGAGAAUGAGGUCAUCUCGGUGGCGCUCAGUCUUUUGAACCAAAUUAUUUCAGCGCCGCAAUUCCAAAAGUCGCAACUCAAGUCAGACACCCUUAACCUCAUCGAGCAAUCUCUGCAAGAGCUUUCCAAUCACAAGUCGGAGGAAAUAGCGCAAACAGCAAUGAACCUGUCGUUGUUGCUCAAGUACCGCGACGAGCUUGAGGAGCCGUCGGAUGCGGUACCCCCAACAGAGAGGCAGAUAGAAGACCGAAACACUUACAAACUAGCUAUGUCGUACAUUAGGGACCCCGAGUCACCACCUCCCGUGAAAUCGGAAGGCCUCAAUUUGAUUUCCGGCUUGAUCAAAUCCAAUAGCCCCGCGCUGGAUAUUCCCGCAGUUCUAGUCCUCCUAUCGAGGCUCCUAUCAGACGGCGAGGACUUUAUCAAUCUGCGCAUCAUCAAGAUGUUUGUUCAGUUGGCAGAAAAACACCCGCGAACGGUCCUCCAGGAGAUCCUCGACCACUACUUGGAUGCAAAGGAGCUAUCUUCGACGGAUACACGGCUUCGCUUUGGAGAGGCCCUGGUCCAAGUCGUUGAGAGACUCGGCUUGAUGUUUGCGGGAGAGAUCGCGACACAGGUGUGCGAAACCCUGUUGUCUAUUGUUAGUCGCCGCGGACGUCGACCCAAAACGGCUAUAAAACAGGAGCGGGCGGCCCGCCUCCAAGAACGGAAGAACAAGGAGGCAGAAGAGGCAUGGGGAGGCGAGGUGCUCGACAUGAGCGAGGAUGUGCCUGAAGAGGAGCGGAUAAAUAACGAGAUUCUCUCGCGCAUCGUUGAAGGAUGGGAGAGUAAGCGCGGAAGCGAGGAUGUUCGCAUGCGUGCCUCUGCGCUAUCCAUUCUGUCGACCGCCGUCGAGACCAACAUCUCUGGCGUCGGGCCCUCGCUGAUAUCGGCUACCGUUGACCUCUGUCUUCAUGUCCUGGCUUUUGAACCUGAGAUGGAGAAGGGCAUCCUGAGACGAGCUGCCAUCAUAUUUAUUAUGGGAUUUGCACGCGCUUUGAAUGAUGCUAGAGAGCAAGGUCGAAGCCUUGGGUUUGGCCUUACGGAAGAGAGCCGGGAGGAUAUCCUGAGGACACUCAGGUACAUUGAAGUUACGGAUAACGAUGGGCUCGUACAGCAACACGCCAAGGAUGUGAUAGAAAGUUUGGAGAACCUACGCUUGGCUACGCUCUUACACCAACAUACGAGGCGGGUACCGGAUAUCGAGAGAGUGGUUGGUCUUCCGCCGAGACUUGACGUCCAUAGUGGUGGUGGGUCGAGGCCGAAGAUCGAGGAAAUCGAGUAA